AUGGGCGCCGGCGCCGGCGGCUUGACUGCGGCGGUAGCGGCGGCAGCGGCGGAUGGUCGGCGCCUCAGAGUCAUCCUGGUAGAGAAGGAAGAUCAUGUUGGCGGCACAACUUUCAGGUCCGGUGGCUGCAUGUGGAUGCCCAACAAUUUUCUCAUGCAGGAAAAUGACAUCAAAGAUAGCAAAGAACAAGCCGCGCGCUACAUCAAUGCUGUGGCAAAACUUGGAAGCCCGGUCCUUGAGGAACAAGCCGUUAAUGUGGACCUGCGCUAUGAGCGCCUCGACGCUUUCUUGACGCAGGGGCCCGAGAUGAUGAGAUACCUUAGAGACCAGGGCUUCCGAUGGAUGGCCAAACCGUCCCAGUUCCCAGACUAUCACCCGCACGUUGACGGUGCGGUCGAGCAUGGCCGCACCUUGGACCCAGCGGUUUUCGAUGCGGCAAGCCUGGGCCAUUACCAGAAAUACCUCCCGAAGCCAGACGGCGUGCCUGUGGUCCCUAGGUUUGAGGACUUCCGGGUCUUGACAAGGUUGCGUUCUUCCAGCCUUUAUCCUGCGGAAGCCUCGGCUCUUCCGAAAGGAAUGGUGAGGCCUAUGUCCAUGGGGCGAUCGCUCAUUGCCCAGCUUCUCAAGAUGUGCAUGGAACACGACAACGUAGAGAUUUGGACUGGCUUGGAGCUGAGCGAACUCUUGCUAUCCGAUCGCGAUGGAGGCGUGAUAGGAGUAAGAGUUCACCGCAGAGGCGGUGAGGAACACCUUGGUCAAGUCUGGGGUAUUCCCACCAUGGUCGAUCCUAGGACGGGAAAAGUGACGGAAGCCAUGUUUGCCAUAUCCAAGCCCUUCUCCAUAGUAGUCGAUGGCUGGGGCCGCCGCGUCUUCUCCGAGUCCCAGCCCUACGGCGAGGCCGUUAGGUCCAUGUAUGAGAGAGCAAAUGAGGACGCAGAAGCGGCCGCAUUCUGGCUUGUCUUUGACCAGAGAUACCGGAAAAGAUAUCCCAUCGGGAGCCUCAAGACCGUCUGGCAGAUUGAUCAGGCUAUCGAACGAGGCUUGCUCUUGCACUCGGAUACUAUUGACGGCCUAGCUGAGCAGAUAGGGGUGCCGAAGCACAGCCUGCAGGCGACAGUAAGCGAGUGGAAUACAAUGUGUCAUCAAGGUAUAGAUAAACAUUUCCACAGAGGUGAGGACAGGUACCAGCAGUUCAUCGGCGAUCCAACUGUGGUACCAAACCCAUGCAUGGGUCCUGUCAAGGAAAGCCCGUUUUACGCCAUCAGAAUCUUUCCCGGUGAUGCUGGCACGCGAGGCGGCCUGCGGACUGACCAGCACGCAAGAGUGCUCAGGGCAGACGGGAGCGUGAUUUCUGGUUUGUUUGCUGGGGGCAACGCAUCAGUUGCGCUUCUUGGAACCCAGGGGUGGGAACGACACUCGCCCCUGCGAUGA